AAGCCAAAAGGCCCAUUCCACGGAGGCGGAGGGCGUCGUCUGCUUCGUCGCCGAUCUCGUCUCCGCCGCCCGCGAGCGAAUCGCCCCCAAAUCGGGAGGGCGGCUGCUCUCGCCUGCAGAUUUGCGCCGUCGUUGCGGCGAAUUGAUGAGGUAGAAGUGUCCAACUACUCGCCCCUGGUUCGCGAUGCUGCGGAAGGUGGCCGUCGCCUUCCUCGCUUGCGCCGCCCUCUACCUCGCCUUCGCCGCCUACUCCCGCCGCGAGAGCCUUGGAGAGGUUCGAUUACCUGCAGUUACUAACAGGGUAUACUUGGAUGUGGAAAUUGAUGGGCAACAUAUAGGUAGAAUUGUCAUUGGCCUUUAUGGAGAUGUUGUGCCAAAAACAGUUGCAAAUUUUAGGGCUCUUUGUACAGGAGAAGAGGGCAUUGGGCACAAGGGUAAAUCUCUUCACUAUAAAGGAUCAAGAUUUCAUCGUAUUAUCCCAGGCUUCAUGAUUCAGGGUGGGGACAUAGUUAGAGGUGAUGGAAAAGGAAGUGAGUCUAUAUAUGGGGGCACCUUCCCAGAUGAGAAUUUCAUAGUAAAACAUACACAUCCAGGUGUUAUUGCCAUGGCAAAUUCUGGACCUGAUUCCAAUGGAUCGCAGUUUUACAUUACCACAAUCAAGACAAGCUGGUUGGAUGGGGAGCAUGUUGUGUUUGGCAGGGUGAUUCAGGGAAUGGAUUAUGUGUACGCCAUUGAAGGGGGUGCUGGAACUUACAAUGGCAAGCCUAGGAAGAAAGUUGUAAUCACCGACUCUGGUGAGAUACCGAAGGAGAAAUGGGCUGAAGAAGUGUAGGCUGUUUUGUACUUUGGUUUGCCCUGUACUUUUUGGGCAGCAGGUGCAGUUUUACAUUACCACAAAUCAGGCAAGGCGUCUAAAAUGUUGUACAUUGUAGUUAGUUCAUACUCAAUCGAAUCCCACUUGCUGACACUGAUUACUCAGUGAAUUCUGCACUGUGAUGAAGAUGAACACACAUAUUCUCAGUUUCUCAUGAUGGUUUAGCAAGGUAGAACUGUCUUUUGUAAUGCUUCAUUUUUUUAAGGCAAUCUGCAAUGCUUUGUUUGGUAUUGCAGUGGUUUAUAACUAUCCCUGUAAAUUUCUAUUUUUGAUGAAAAUAGUUAGUGCUGUUAUUUUUGGGAACUAAUUACAAUGCACAA